AAAAGGUAAGAUUAUAAGCAGAGGGUAUGUGUAUAGCAUAUUUAAAAUAUUUUAAGUUCUUUAUUAAACUAAUUCAAAAUUAUUUUAAAUUACAGAGUACUGUUCAGCACGUAGAAGAUUGCAAGGAAAGUUCGAAAGAUCAGGAUUUUUCUGAACUACUUAAAGAGCAAAAGACCAACAAGAAAACAUCAAUGGUACAUGGUGAAGUAGAAAAUACAGACUCAACUGCUCAAAAUGACUUUCUGAAGAAUGAUCAUUAUGAUCAUAAUGAUCUCUUCUCUAUUUCUGAUAAACAAGAAAAUUUAAAUGAAAUAGCAUCAAUGCAUAAGGAUACGUGCAAAACUGCUCAAUAUUCAGAAGAAAACAAGGAAAAUGUUUGCACAACUUAUCCUGUACACCGAAAUAAAAAUACUGUAAGCAACAAUGGCAAAAAUAAUGCUAACUGUUAUGAAUGCGAAACAUCACAAUUAACUGACGAACCAGAAGUCAAAAACUAUUGUCCACCAGUUCAAAAUGAAUUCAGCACACAAGUUGAAAACUGUAUCAACAAAAACCCACCAUCACCAGCUCAUCUUUCCACUCCCAGAUCAACAAUAAAAGAUACUACGACAGAUGCAGACUACGUAAUAAAACAAGACAAUCUUGAACACAAUUAUUCCAAUCCUGAUCCAAAUCCAACUCUUCAAGAGAAAAAUAACAAAAAUAUGAAGUACGAUAUAAAUGUAAAAAAGAAAAAAUAUGUAAUGCCUUGCCCAAGCAUGAAAAUGAUUCACGAGCAAACUAGUUCUAAUGAUAAAGGAAAAAAGAGUGUUGCAAAAUAAAAGGAAUCGAUACGUGGAAAAAAGUAUAAAAUUGAAAAUACUUCAAUAUUUGAUAGUGUAGCGGAAAUCAUGACGGUCGCCUAUAAAAAUAUAAAGGAUUUCACAGAGCACUGUAACAAUCAUUGUACAAAUAGUCAUACAAAUUGAUUGUUAAAAUCAUUAAGGACUAUUGUAAAUCGGGAAGUGUAACAUCUUUGUACAAAACCAGAGCGCAUUUCUUGUUUGAGUAUGCUCAUGUAGAAAAUGAUAUCAUUUCAAUUCAAGAAACUGCUGGAGAUUUCUUUUAAAAAUUAUGCAUUACCAUCAUAAUUCAUACCAAAUCAAUAUAUUUUGUUUAAAUUGUAAUAAUAUAUCGUACGAGUACAAUACUAUAAUAGAAUUAUCAUUUGCAAAAUCCGAAAACAUAAAAGAUUUGGAACAACUGUU